AUGUCUUUCUCCAAAAAUCUUGAUGAGUGUGGGAAUGAAAGUUAUGAUACCAGCAUUUUCUUUUAUAUUUUCUUUGCAGAAUUUGGUGUUCAUUUAGCAGAACUGACUGUAGAUCCCCAGGGAGCUCUAGCCAUCCGUCAGCUGGCAUCUGUCAUUUUGAAACAGUAUGUGGAAACUCACUGGUGUUCCCAGUCAGAAAAGUUUAGACCUCCAGAGACCACGGAAAGGGCAAAAGUUGCUAUCAGGGAGCUGCUGCCCAACGGGCUGAGGGAAUCCAUCAGCAAGGUGCGCUCCAGCGUCGCCUACGCCGUGUCCGCCAUCGCCCACUGGGACUGGCCUGAGGCCUGGCCCGAGCUCUUCAACCUCCUGAUGGAGAUGCUGGUUAGUGGAGAUGUGAACGCUGUGCAUGGAGCCAUGAGGGUCCUCACAGAGUUCACACGGGAAGUGACAGACACACAGAUGCCACUUGUUGCCCCUGUUAUUCUUCCAGAGAUGUACAAAAUUUUCACAAUGGCAGAGGUCUAUGGCAUUCGCACAAGGUCACGUGCAGUGGAGAUAUUCACCACGUGUGCCCAUAUGAUCUGCAACAUGGAGGAACUGGAAAAGGGUGCAGCCAAAGUCCUGAUUUUCCCUGUGGUGCAGCAGUUCACAGAGGCCUUUGUUCAGGCCCUGCAAAUGCCUGAUGGACCUACAUCAGACAGUGGGUUUAAGAUGGAGGUCUUAAAGGCUGUGACAGCACUUGUGAAAAACUACCCAAAGCACAUGGUGUCCUCCAUGCAGCAGAUCCUUCCCAUUGUCUGGAACACCCUUACAGAAAGUGCUGCCUUUUAUGUGAGAACAGAAGUAAAUUACACAGAAGAGGUGGAGGACCCUGUGGAUUCUGAUGGUGAAGUAUUGGGCUUUGAAAAUCUGGUGUUCAGCAUAUUUGAAUUUGUUCAUGCCUUGUUGGAGAACAACAAAUUUAAGAGCACAGUGAAGAAGGCUUUGCCAGAGCUGAUCUAUUACAUACUCCUUUACAUGCAGAUCACAGAGGAGCAGAUCAAAGUUUGGACUGCAAAUCCACAGCAGUUUGUGGAGGAUGAAGAUGAUGAUACUUUUUCCUAUACAGUGAGGAUUGCUGCCCAGGAUCUGCUGCUGGCUGUGGCUGCUGAUUUCCAGAAUGAGAGUGCAACUGCUUUGGCUGCAGCAGCUACAAGGCAUUUACAAGAAGCUGAGCAGGCUAAAAACAACGGUGCUGAGCACUGGUGGAAAAUACAUGAAGCUUGUAUGCUGGCCUUGGGCUCUGUGAAGUCUAUUAUUACAGACAGUGUGAAGAAUGGCAGGAUACAUUUUGAUAUGCAUGGGUUCCUGACAAAUGUUGUUCUUGCAGACCUCAACCUUUCAGUGUCUCCUUUUCUCCUGGGCCGUGCCCUCUGGGCUGCCAGCCGGUUCACAGUGGCCAUGUCUCCAGAGCUGAUCCAGCAGUUCCUGCAGGCAACUGUCAGUGGGCUGCAUGAAACCCAACCUCCUUCUGUCCGAAUCUCUGCAGUCAGAGCCAUCUGGGGCUACUGUGACCAGUUGAAGAUCUCUGAGAGCACCCACGUGUUGCAGCCUUUCCUCCCCAGCAUUCUUGAUGGACUGAUCCACUUGGCAACCCAGUUCAGCUCAGAGGUGCUAAACCUGGUGAUGGAGACACUCUGCAUUGUCUGUACAGUCGACCCAGCGUUCACAGCCAGCGUGGAGAACAAAAUCUGCCCCUUCACCAUUGCAAUCUUCUUGAAGUACAGUAAUGAUCCAGUUGUUGCUUCUCUUGCCCAAGAUAUCUUUAAGGAGCUAGCUCAGAUAGAAGCCUGCCAGGGUCCAAUGCAGAUGAGGCUAAUACCAACUCUUGUCAGCAUCAUGCAGGCCCCUGCUGACAAGAUCCCAGCAGGGCUUUGUGCAACUUCUAUUGAUAUCUUGACCACAGUUGUCAGGAAUACAAAACCUCCUCUGUCCCAGCUCCUCAUCUGUCAAGCAUUCCCUGCAGUGGCUCAGUGCAGCUUGAACACAGAUGACAAUGCUACCAUGCAGAACGGCGGCGAGUGUCUGCGCGCGUACGUCUCGGUGGCCCUGGAGCAGAUUGCACAGUGGCACGAUGAGCAAGGCCACAAUGGGCUGUGGUAUGUGAUGCAGGUGGUGAGCCAGCUUCUGGAUCCAAGGACCUCAGAAUUCACUGCUGCCUUUGUGGGCAGGCUGGUCUCCACUUUAAUUUCAAAAGCAGGAAGUGAACUGGGAGAGAAUCUGGACCAGAUCCUGAGAGCUAUCCUGAGCAAAAUGCAGCAAGCAGAGACACUAAGUGUAAUGCAGUCCUUGAUUAUGGUGUUUGCUCACUUGGUUCACUCAAAACUGGAACCACUCCUGGAGUUCCUGUGUAGUCUCCCGGGACCAACUGGCAAGCCAGCCCUGGAGUUUGUAAUGGCCGAAUGGAUGAGCAGGCAGCACUUGUUCUACGGGCAGUAUGAAGGCAAAGUCAGCUCUGUAGCACUGUGUAAACUCCUUCAACAUGGCAUCAACACAGAUGACAAGAGACUUCAGGACAUCAGGGUAAAGGGAGAAGAAAUAUUUAAUAUGGAUGAGGGAAUACGGACACGGUCAAAGUCAGCCAAAAAUCCUGAACGCUGGACAAAUAUUCCUUUGUUAGUAAAAAUCUUAAAAUUAAUAAUAAAUGAACUCUCUAAUGCAAUGGAAGCAAAUGCAUCUAGACAGACAACUGCAGAUUGGAGCCAAGAUGAUUCGAAUGACAUGUGGGAGGAUCAGGAAGAGGAUGAGGAUGAAGAUGAAGGUUUAGCAGGACAGUUCUUAUCAGAUAUUCUUUCCACAAACAAGUAUGAUGAGGAUUACUAUGAAGAUGAUGAAGAGGAUGACCCUGAUGCUUUAAAGGACCCUCUUUACCAAAUAGAUCUCCAGGCCUAUCUCACUGACUUCCUCUGUCAGUUUGCACAGCAGCCCUGCUAUGCAAUGUUUUCAGACCAUCUCAAUGAGAACGAGAAGCGAGUGUUACAGGCCAUUGGGAUAUAAACCCCCUCAAGAGACCAUCCCCAUCCCAUCUGAACAAUUUUUUUUUUUGCUUUUUCCACGUUUUAUGAUUAAACAUCAAACAUUUGCCAGUGUCUGCCUGCUUGUUACAGGUGGAUGAUGGCCUCCUUGCAAUGUCUUGAGCCUCAUCUUAACGUGAAUCUGCUAAGGGAAGGAAUAAAAGCAGCAAGGACAGAAGUUUGUAGAGCUCUACACGUUGGUCUCACCAUGGGAGCACUUUCAUUUUCCACAGUAACUUUCCAGGAAGUUCAUAAAGUUUAAAAAAACCAACAACUGUUUCCUUAAUAUUUUUAAAAGCAAACUGUCUCCACCUCUGAAGAGGCACUAAAGUGAGUUUCCCACAGCACAAUUGGACAGAGAAAUGAA